GGCACGUCUGUUCUGUUUACUUCAUGCUCUGGCAAGCUGAUCGGCUCAGGCUCGUUGUUGGGGUCGCUCAAAUUUUUUAAUCAGAAGCAAUCGAGACCAAUUGAAGCUGCUGCAAAACGCACACAAGUCACAGGGAAGAUGACGGAGUGAGUUUCGGGCUAAAAAAAGCAGCAGAUUUGAGAUAAGCCAUAAACAUGAACGUGAUCGGCAAGCUGCCAUUCGUGAUCGCCACUCGCUUCUCACAGAAAUAUCGUCCUCCUCUGCAGCAGAUUCGCAACAUGUCUCUGGUGCGAAGUUUGGCGUUCGUCAACAACCAGUGGGUGCCGGCCAGCUCCGGCGAGACCUUCGAGGUGACCAACCCUGCGAACGGCCAGGUUCUUGGUCAGGUGCCGGAUAUGGACGUUGAUGACACCGAACAGGCCGUCAACGUCGCCUUCGAGGCGUUUAAGACUUGGGAGCACACGACCGCAAAGGAACGGUCGGUUCUCCUGAGAAAGUGGUACAACCUCUUGGAAGAUAAUAAAGACGAAAUUGCCCAAAUUAUGACUGCAGAGUCGGGAAAACCUUUGUCAGAGGCAGCUGGGGAAGUUGCGUAUGCGAAUGGAUUUAUUGACUGGUUCUCUGAAGAGGCCAGGCGAAUUCCUGGUGAGAUUGUCGCCAGCCCCACCCAGACUAAGGAGAUGAUGAUGAUCAGAAGGCCGAUUGGGGUUGCUGCUCUCAUAACACCAUGGAACUUCCCCGCAGCAAUGAUCACUCGCAAGGCCGGCGCUGCACUGGCCGCAGGUUGCACGUGCGUAAUCAAACCUGCGGAGGACACGCCCCUGACCGCGCUGGCCAUGGCCGACCUGGCCGCCAAGGCAGGCAUCCCAAAGGGUGUGAUUAACGUGGUGACAUGCAGCCGCAAGAAGGCGGCAGAGGUGGGACGAGUGCUGUGCACGAGCCCUCAGGUUGCAGGACUCUCCUUCACUGGCUCCACCAACGUGGGCAAGCUGCUGUACGAGCAGUGCGCCUCCACGGUCAAGAGGGUGUCUCUUGAGUUGGGAGGGAAUGCCCCUUUUAUUGUGUUUGAGUCGGCAGACCUGGAGGCGGCCGUCAAAGGGGCCAUCGCCUGCAAGUUCAGGAACUGUGGGCAGACAUGCGUGAGCGCCAACCGGCUGUUUGUACAAGAGUCGAUUUUCAACCAAUUCGUUGCUAAACUGGAGGAAGCGGUCAAAGGUCUUAAGGUGGGAGACGGAGCUGCGGCAGGAGUGACUCAGGGUCCGCUAAUCAACGAUGCUCAAGCUACCAAGGUGAAACAACUGGUCGAGGACGCAGUCAAGAAAGGCGCUAAAGUACACCUAGGAGGCAAGCCAGCCUCCGAGAUGGGUGCCCGAUAUUUUCAGCCCACUAUAAUUUCAGACGUUGAUCACUCCAUGAGGGUGUACAAUGAGGAAAUUUUUGGUCCUGUUGCUGUUUGCAUUCCUUUCAAGAGUGAAGAGGAAGUGCUGGCGAUCGCGAACAGCACUCGCUCAGGCCUUGCCGGCUACUUCUACAGCAACAACCUCUCGCAGAUCUGGCGGGUGGCCAAACGUCUCGAGGUCGGUAUGGUCGGCAUCAACGAGGGCCUCCUUUCCGCUCCUGAGGCAGCGUUUGGCGGCAUCAAGGAGUCGGGCAUUGGCCGCGAAGGCUCGCAUUACGGCAUCGAGGAGUACUCAUACAUCAAAUAUCUGUGCUUUGGCCACGACUGAGCGCAUUAAUUGUUUCUCUCUAUUAAGAUAUUCGUUGUCUUUGCUAAGAGCGCACUGCAUUGCAAAUUUGAUCAAAAUUGCAAUCAAAUUAUUUUAAGUGUUAAUGGCAGCCUUCCUGUUUUGUUAAGAUUUUGAGUACAAAAGGGCAACUAGAAAAUGCAGUGCAUUUAAUUGGCGAAUCCUAGUCGCAUUCCUAAGGUUUUUUAUGCUCAGUUGUGAUGAUUAUUGUUGUAUAAUGCAGUGCUUCCAUUUAUUAAAUAUAUAGUAUUACGCACCUGCAAUCAAUCUGUCUUUGAUUUGGAUGGUUAAUAAUGUUCCUUGUUUGAUGGGUUGCGAAAUUUUUAAUUUUAAUGCCAAAGACAACAUUUUUGGACAAUUUACACAUAAUAAUCAUUUUAUUCAUCUGAAACAGAAAAUAGAGUGGAACGAUCUAAUCAAAGUAAAAUUAUGAUCACGCGGUAAAUGCUCUUUUCUCGUCUCUUUUAUAAUGUUGCAAAUCAUCAAAAGAAUAAUAUAUAUUUAUUAUAUAUGUUCAUACCUCAAUAAGAAACAAAAAAAAUUAAUUCAUUAAAGUAAUAUACUCAAUAAUCUUUAGAACCAAUGAUAAAUACACAUCUUUCUCUCUCGUCCUCGCCUCAUAUAAAUUAUAAAGGUACAUAUGUGUUUGUAAAAUUUACACAAAUUUCCAAAAACAUAAUUCUCGCGUCAAUUGGCUCUCGAGUUAUUUACAAAAGUGAUUUUUGGUGAGAGUUCGCAGCAGCAGUGAAAUAAAAAUAACAUAAUUAUAACGAUCUCGCAAUAAGUUAACAAAUAGUUGGCUACGUUU